CGUGAGCUAAGUCACUCGCGCCACGUACCGAGCCAGCAGUCCGCUUGGGUUUUGUUGCCAUGGCAGCAAGCGCGGCGCCGCUCCCGCUCGACGGCCGCGUCGCGCUCGUCACGGGCGGCUCGCGCGGCAUCGGCCGGGAGGUGUCCUCCCACCUGGCCGCCCUCGGCGCGCGCGUCCUGAUCAACUACGCGUCGGACUCGGCCAGCGCCUCCGCGCUCGCCGCGGAGCUCAACUCACGCGGCCUCGGCGGCCUCCGCGCCGCGGCGGCCCAGGCCGACGUGUCCGACCCGGCCGCCGUGCGCGCGCUCUUUGACCGCGCCGAGGAGGCCUUCGGCUCCCCGCCGCACAUCGUGGUCGCCUGCGCCGGCCUGCUCAACCCCAAGUACCCCGCGCUAGCCGACACCACCGUGGAGGACUUCGACGCCAUGUUCGCGGUGAACGUGCGCGGGACGUUCCUGGUGUGCCGCGAGGCUGCCAAUCGCGUGCCGGCCGGCGGCGGCGGCCGCAUCGUGACCUUCUCGUCGUCCAUCAUGGGCACGCUCCUGCCGGGCUACGCGGCGUACACGGCGACCAACGGCGCCGUGGAGGCCAUGACCAGGAUCCUGGCCAAGGAGGUGGCGGCCAAGGGGAUCACGGCCAACGUGGUGGCCCCGGGGCCCGUGCGCACGGAGCUGUUCCUCGCCGGGAAGGACGAGGCGUUCCUCAAGAGGGUGGAGGCACAGUCCAUGGGGCGCAUCGCCGAGACGACGGACGUGGCGCCGGUGGUGGCGUUCCUGGCCAGCGACGCCGCCGCGUGGGUGAACGGUCAGGUCAUCAGGGUCAAUGGCGGGUUCGCGUGAGCUACUAAAAUUUAGUUUGUUUUUUCUAGAGAGAAAUUUAGUUUGGGGUAUGCUAGUUAAUUUUUGUUUUUGAGUCACGUUUGAGGUAUGUAUUUUUUUUUCUCUCUCUGUUUGUGUAGGCUUCGGUUGUGUUCUGUCUUUUUCUUAUGGUGGUUUUCGGAUCGUUGUUUCGGCCUGGGUUUGCUAUGUUUUUUUCUGACGGGUAAAUAACUUUA